CUGGAAGGUGUUCACGAGCACGAAAAUGUAAAUUCCUAAAACUUCGACUAAUAUAACUCGCCCUAAAGGAGCAGUCGAACUGAUAAAUACAAAAUGAGGUGGUCAUUCUAGGAAAUACUAAUCACAGUUCUCCAGUGUUAAAAGAUUUUUGUAUUGUCCUACAUAAUCUCUGAGUUAAUAUUUCACUAGCCGCAUCCCCUCUGAAGAUUAUUAACAACUGAAUAAUUCAGAACUAUUUUAAUAGUUAUAUAAUCUUAACAAAGUAUACCUUCUAAUAUGAAAUAUUUCAUGAUUAACAAAUAAAAUGGUAAUGAUUAUUUCUAAUGAUAUUUUGUUAUGCAAAUAACCAUAAUUAAUUCUCAUUCUGAUCAAAAGAAGAAAGAAACACGAUAACAAAUAAAUAUGCCUAUACCAAGUAUUCAUGUAAAUUCGAUUGAAGACAAUGAAAAUGACGACAGACGAAAAAAGAAACCUUCCAUACCGAUACUACAAGUAGUCGGUGAAAAUAUCGAUGGACGUGAAAAUGAUGUUAACAGUGGUGAUGAUGAUGACGACGAUGUAAUGACAGCUGAAGAAGAAGCCGCUAUCGCGCGUCGAUUUCUUAGUGGAAACGAUCAAACAGAACAACGCAGAAUGUCUUCAUUGGACAUGUAUCUCUCGCAGCCUGAAGUAAAACAAGAACCCAUGAUAAUUAAUCGUCAUAUAAGUUUGAAAGAAGAAGAAAAAGGUUUUGAGGCAGAGCAAAUGCGUCUUCGUCAGAAAGAACGUGAGGAAAUGGAAAAACAUCAGGAAAAAUUAAGAUUAGAACGUGAAGAGGUUAAAAAAGCCAGAGCGUCCAAAAGACAUUCAAAAGUUGCUGAAGAACAAGAGUCCAGUAAAAAUAAUCAAGUAAGACGAAUGGAUUAUCAUAAACAAGGUCUUGGAGGCUUAAGUAAAGAGCGUAGAAAAAAAUUGAAGGAAAUGAUCUUGCAAAAGGCAAAAAAUGAACUUCUUGAAGAAAGAAGAAAAGAACUUCGUAACCGUGAAGAUCACAUCAAGAAACAAGCUCCUCCAUUCGACAUUGAUGGUUUAAAUCAGAUGCAACUUGAAGAAAAGGUGAAGUUGUGGUACGAACACGCUAAACAAUUGGAAUCACAAAAAUACGAAUGGGAACAAAGAUUACGCAAACAAGAUGAAGAAAUUAAUGAACUGACAGCUCAGUUAUGCUCAAUUAAAGGACACUUUCAAAAACCAAUUCUUCGUAAAGUUGCUAAACCAAUGUCAACGGAUAGAUUACGCGCGAUGAGUGCCGCACCAAAUUUCAUGCCCAAAACUGGGCAUAAAAAUCCCGUAGAAAUGAAGAGAAAACUGUCGGAUGAUAGUAAUCAGGGUGUAAAAUCAAAUUUGAAUGGGACCGGUGGUGUAUUCGCGAAAAGUUGAUGAGAAAUUAAUGCAAGAAGAACUAUUUCAAAAUAGUGAUGAAUGAAAACCGAUAUAUAUAUAUAUAUAUAUAUAUAUAUAUAUCUUAUCUGCUAUUCGUUUACCUUAUUGUAAGUCAGACAAAAGUAACAACCAUAAAAACAACAAUAAUAUUGCACUCAUUUCUCUAUCUUCCCUUUAUUAUACAUUUUUCUCCAGAGCAGAAAAAACACCUACAAAUUAUUCACAUGAGCAUGUAUUGUAACUUUUAAAUUGUAGAAAUUAUAGAGAAUCCAUCAUAUAAGGCUACCUAUAUACCAGAGAAAAUGAUUGUAAUUUUAACUUUCCUUUUUCUAUUUUAUAAUUUCCAUUCAAAUGUUGUGAUUGAAUAACUACAUAAACACUUAUUUUUUGUCAUUUUAGAGACUAUCAACAUCAUUUACUUUAUUCUUUACUCACAUACUUUGUGAAAUACUUCAAUUAUUUUACCAACAACCCUUUGAUUAACUUUAUUCACGCUUUCGAUUAAUUAAAUGAAUCUAUAAGUAUUUGUUGGUGCGAUUUUAAAUGAUCAGUUAUUUCUCAGGUGGGCUAUAUAAUUUUAAAGUGUAUAUCCUUUCGUUCCUGUACCACACCUAUAAACUCAUAAAUUCAGAUUACAAGAUUGUUAUUAGUCCAAUAGUUUUCUCCUCACCAAAUGUACACUCAGUUGUUUUCCGUUUAAAAGUAAAUUUAACCUUCCAACUAACAAAAGUGGUAUCAUUUAAAAACCAGAUUAUGGGAAAACAAAGAUCAAAUUUUAAUAAAUACUGCUGUAGUGUGUUACUAAUU